AUGUUUAUGGACGAUAACUACGUGUUUGGUGAUCAAAAUGUACAAGUACCGGCCCAUUUGAAUUUUGGUAAAUUCAUUUUAGACCGUCUUCGUCUCCAAAAAGAUGAAAUUGCCCUGGAACUCGGAGAAACACGUGAGAAACUAACAUACAAGGAAUUCACACAAUAUGCCGUCAAUAUGUCCACCGCUUUGACAAAGCUGGGGGUUGGGCGGGGCGACAUUGUUGCAGUCGGAUCCGAAAAACGCAAUGAAUUCGUUCCGACGGUCCUUGCAAUCGUGUUCACCGGGGCGACGUACACCCCCUAUGAUUUAAAGAGCGGGAGAGCGGUAUUAAAACACAAGAUAAGUUUGACGAAGCCAAAAUACUUUAUUUGUUCGAAAUUGUUCUGGAAUACGUACAGUGACAUAUUGAGGAGUUUUGAUUGCAUAGAGAAGUUUGUUACAUUGGACGAAGGUACGGAGUCAGUAAUUUCUAUCAGAACUUUGAUCACGAAUGAUGCUGACGUAAGUAAGUUUGAGCCAGUGCAAGUUCAGGGACAGAGUGACAUCGCCUUCAUUUUGUAUUCCUCGGGCACCACAGGGAUGCCAAAAGGCGUACAACUGACACAUUUAAAUUGCAUUCUCAACAGUCUGCCUGAUGACUUCACUGACGAAUCUCUGAAGACUGCUUUCCUCUUUGGAGAAUGGUAUCAUAACUAUGACACAUUUAUGACAUACAAAUUUUUAUAUUUGGGAAGGAAAAUUGUGUAUGUCAACGAAGCUGAGCCUAUUAGUUUCAUUAAAAGUGUACAUGAUUGUGACGUUAACAUCGCUUUUAUAGUACCUUCUUUUGUUUGCUACUUAUCAAAGGCGAAGGAAGCAGAAAAAUAUAAUCUCGAUUCACUCAAAAUAAUAUACUCUCGAUCAUCGCCGCUUCACAACAAGACAAUACAAAAGGUCAAAAGUAGGUUUCCGAAAGUUAAAAAUAUUCUACAAGGCUAUGGUAUGACGGAGGCUGGCGAGUUAACUUCGGAGAGCUGGGGAACAAAGGGACCCAAGUCUGGUAGCGUCGGCAUGGCUUCCCCUGGAAUAACUUUAAAGGUCGUUGAUCUCGAAACCCGUAAAACUGUGGGUCCCAACCAGCGCGGAGAAAUAUGUUUGAGGGGACCAGUUCUCAUGAAAGGUUACAUCGGCGUCCCGCCAUCAAAUUACUUAGAAGAAGACGGCUUCUUCAAAACCGGAGACUUGGGUUAUUUUGACGAAGACAGGUAUUUCUAUAUUGUUGAGAGAUUGAAGGAGAUCAUUGUAUACGACGGGUACAAGGUUGCUCCUUUAGAACUGGAAGCGAUUCUACAGUUACACCCAGGAGUCCGCGAAGCUGGUGUAGUCGGUAAGCCAGUGAAGGUGUAUGGAGAGGAGCCAACUGCUUUUGUGGUGAAACAACCUGGUGUCGAUGUGACUGAGAAGGAGCUAUUAGACUUCGUAGCUGAGGAGGUGCCACCGUUUAUGCAAUUAAGAGGAGGUGUUAGGUUCAUUGAAGAAAUGCCGAGAAAUCCCAGGGGCAAGAUUAUACGCCAACGGUUGAGGGAAAUGCUGAAAUGA